AUGGCCAUGCUGCAGUCUCCAAGCAAAUACGUCACUCUCAUAUCUGGCGAUGGAUUCGAGUUUGUCGUUUUGCGCGAAGCUGCCAUGGUGAGCCCGAUCAUCAAGGGCAUGCUGGAUGUGAGAAGCCAGUUUGCCGAGGCUAAAGAUGCACGCUGUGUCUUUCAAGAAAUGAGUGGCAUGGUUCUCGACAAAGUGGUCGAGUACUUCCACUACUGGUACCGUUACCGGAAUAGCGAUGAUGUCCCUGACAUGGACAUUCCUGUAGAGUUGUGUCUGGAGCUUUUGGCUGCGGCAGACUACUUGGGGCUGGACCAGGGUUAG